GAAGUCGAUAGUUUGAUUUUUUUCAACAUUUUCUGCAUCAACGUCAAAACUUAACACGUCUGAAUUUUAAAUAAUAUCUAAAAGUAUUAGGCUUAAAAUUUAAUAUCAAUGUGGUGUGAAACAUGACAAUGAUAGACAGUAUGUCCUCCCGAAAUAGCAUCUAUAAUCCCGAUCGGAAACCUCUUGACGAGUUGAAAAUAAAGACACUCGUCGAUGGGCAAAACAUACAAUAUUCCUGCCUUGGACAAGCACUGGGUGGAAGAAGGAAAAGAAUUCACAUUCUACAAUCCACUGCCAAGUGAUGUCAAUGCACUUGAGGCGGGUGCCAAAGAAGCCUGGAUAGAAAGAAUGGGAUAUUUGAUUGCCGAUUUCAAAUGGCUUCUACAUUUAGAACAUCACAGAUUCUGGUCGCAGCUGGCGUACGAUGGUGGCCGUGCGGUGGCGGGGCUGGAGCAUUUCCUGCAGGAGGCUCAUCCGAUUUACGCGUUGGACUCGUUCGCGGGUGGCCGGGCCGAUGCGCAACUGAUGUCGCUCUACCAGCAAGCCAUGCAUCUCGCCUUCCUAAUCAUGUGUCGCAUCGUCUGUCAACACGAGUCCGAGACGGAAUGGAUGAAACGAGAUACACUGGCCCAUCUGUGGUACAACGAGUACAUAAUCACACUGCCGAUGCUGUUGGACCUGUGUCUGCUCUAUGGCGAUGCCAACACCAAGCAACUCACCAGUAUGGUGCACACUGUCUUCGACAUCCAGCCCCUCUACAAGGAUGACCUCAAGAAUGCUGUCUGCUUCAUCGGCGAGAGAUUGAGUCUAGUUCAGGAUAAGUUGAAGACGAGAAAAGUGGCCGAACAUCACCAUCCGACGCGACUGUUCGAGAGGGACUUGAAUGCUAAGCCCGAUCUCAGUGUGGCGGACUUGACGGACUUGAUUCUGUUCGUCCUGGACACCGUGCUUAACCUGGCCACGUUCAUGUAUAUCUACCAGCCGGCCUGCUCUAUUCUGCACAGUCUACGCUUCGAAACCAAGAUUGUAUCAUUCUACGAGCACACAAUUCCGAGUCUGAACGAACACGUGACUCAGCUGUCAAAGAAGGACGACACAGUGGACGUCUACUUUGACCUGAAAUACAAACUGGAUGUAAUCAGGGUGCAGCUCAUCAAAGUGUUCAGAUACUGCCUUUUCUCUCCUGUCAACUCUAUGAUCGAGAUGUCAAAUAUCAGUUUGAAGAAUGCGGACACCAUAAAAGGUUACAUUGAAGACUUCAUUUCAUCUCUAUCUGAGUUUCUGGCCGACAAAUUGUUCAUUCAGGAUUACCACAAGGCGCACCCUGUUGAUCAGGACCUCGAAAUUCUGUCGCAGGUCUAUCCUGAACUAGAUUCGGUGAAGUGCGACUUUCUAAUGGAGUCAGUGUGGUCUUGCUACGAUGUGAAACCGCUCCCAAAACCCCCCGCCCAAAAUGGACCCAGCACCUCGCAACAAGCGUAUCUCGGUCCCUCCAAGAGUUCAAAGACUGACACAUUGAGCAGGCCGAACGAAGUUGAGAUGGUGUCUCUAGUCACCCAGGUCAAAGAUCUGCUGCCUCAUCUCGGCGAUGGAUUCAUUCAGAAAUGUUUGGAGCACUACAAGUAUGAUAGCGCGACUGUGAUAAACGCCGUUCUGGAGAGUAAUCUUCCGCACUCGCUCAAUCAACUGGACCCCUCUAUGCCCGCACAAGUCGAACCACCUCCAACCGAAACUGCUAGUAAUUUGCCGCUGCGAGUGAAUGUUUUUGAUAACGAUGAGUUCGAUAUUAUGACUCGAGACUCAAUCGAUACUUCUCGGGUGCACAAAGGCAAAUGGAAAAUGAAGUACAAGAACCUGACAGAGAUGCUGGACGACAAGUCUCACGUGAACGAGCUGAAGGACCGCUUCACGCAGCUGGGAUUGGUGGAGGGGGGCGAGGAUGUCUAUGAUGAUGAAUACGAUGAUACCUACGAUGGCCUCGAUGUGUCUGUCGGAGAGGCUGGCGAACCGGAGAGACGGCAGUUCGUCACACCUCGAGUCCUGGAGAGUCGCUCGGGGCCGGGGCGGGGUGGUGGCCGGAGGGGGGCAGAGGAGGACAACGAGAGUGGAGGGGACGAUGAGGGAGAUGAUGAAGAAGAAGGAGGAGGAAGGAAUCGUGAUAACUUUGUGGAGAACCCGGAAGUGGUACGAGCGAGACUGGAGAGACAGAGACAGAACAAGUACAGGAAUAGAGUGGGAGGAGGGGGAGGUGGUGGAGGGCAGACUGGCUCGCGGGAUGUCACCGGAAAGCCGAAAGGCCAAGGACAGGAAAAGCGUGUCCUUGAAAAUCGUGAUCGUAAAAAUACAGGAAAGGCUCACGUGGGUAAUCACAAUCGACGCAAUAUGGCGCAGCGCAAAAGGAAUCAGGGAAUGAUGCCAUCGUAAAAACCCCUCAAUAAUCAUCCAGUUUGUUCAUAACAGAGUUUUAUUAUGUUUUAUUUGUUUAUAAAUAUUGGUAUUAUUAUAUUGUACAAUUACGCAUUCGUA